GUUUGUUAUCGCUAUAUAGGAAAAAGUGUUAUCACCACAGUUGCAUAUCUCGAAAUCUGUUCUUUAUAUGGUCUGGAUAAGUGAAUGAAGGAAUAAAACGAAUGAGAAAAACAAAUUUAAGUGUAAAAAAAAAAGAUAGAAAAUGAAGAAAUUAAAAUUGAUGAUUGCACUGCUACUAUCAGUACUAAUCGAGAUUUCUUCUACAAUAUCUAUCUAUUCAAUAAUUAGUGAUUCAGAGCACGUUUCAAACGAUAAUAAUCGCAUACCAAAGAAACUUCAACCAGUUGAACUAAUGGUAGAUACGACAAACUAUUUGGGCUUUACGAUUCUUGAUCUGCAUUCAAAACUCAAUAAAAAUAAUGUUGCGUUUUCACCAUGUGGUUUGAUGAGUGUUCUUGUAGCACUUUUUGAAGGAAGUGGCGGUAAAAGUGCAGUUGAGUUGAAGGAAGCUUUGAGAUUUCCACGUGAACGUGAUAUCGUGAGAAUUGGAACAAGAGAUAUUCAUCGGAGAUUAAGAAGCUACUUUUAUAAAAAGGAAAAUCUGUUAAGUGGCUUAAUAUUUAAUAAAGAAAACAUUACGAUAAAGCAAGAAUAUGAAACUGUAUUAAGAUUUUAUGGAUAUGAUCUCGAUGGAGCAACAAAUAUGUUAACAGACUCUAAAGUGGACGUUAAUGGAAUGGAAAAUGUGACAGAAUUAACAGAUUUUUCCACACCUACGGAAUCCAGCUCAACGUCAACUUCCUCAAAAAUGACAACAGAAAUACCGAUUACGAAUAUGUCAAGUACAUCAGUGACAAAUGUCAUGGGAGAAAAUGUUGAUGAAGAUUUAACAACAACACCUCAAUCAGAGGAAGCUUCUGAAGACGAUACAACCACAACAAAUAAGGCAAAUGGAACGGAUGAUGAAACUACGGAUGAUGAUGAAAACGAAAAUACAACGACUGUUGCAUCUUCUCGAAAACGACGUGGUAGAUUGGGACGUGGUUUGAAGGCAAAAAACCGUAGGGACAAGAAGCAAUCAUCACCGUCAACAUACGUUGCUCCAGAAAAUCGUGCGAUAAACAGACGCUCACGAUCUUAUGAAAUACUUGACUAUGAGAAUGAAUUUCAUUUGGAAGCAGUUACGCAAUAUUCUCCACUCAUGCCAUUGAGUACAACAUCCAUAAUACCUACCACUUCGAAAUCAUCGUCGUUAUCUUCCCACCACGCCUAUCAUGAGCACAAUCACCAUCAUCAUCAACCUUCAUCAACAGAAAAUCCAAUUCACACACCUAGGUCGACAGCAGCGGAAAAGCGUAGAAUUAACAAUCACAAGGACUUAUUUGAAAACGUGAACUCAGAUACGAUUGAACAUAUUUUCUAUCUCAAUGAGUAUGAGACAGUACGUGUACCAUACAAACUCUAUGAUACAGUAAUGAAAUAUGCUUAUAUAAAUUCACUUCAAUCAUCUUUUCUUGAAAUCGACUUAGACUCAGAAUACUACAACUUGAUUUUAAUCAUUCCUGAUUUCCAAGAUGGUCUUAAUACUCUAACGAGUAAGUUAAGAUCUCAUCCUGCAAAUACUCUAAGGUUCAUAAGAAACUCUAUGGAUUUUCAUUGGAUCAAGACAAUUGUACCCAAAUUUCAUCUUAAAGGAAACACAAUUCUAACCAGUGAUUUGCAAAACAUGGGAAUCAUUGACAUUUUUGAACCAACUAAAGCCGAUUUUUCAAUGAUGUCCGAUGAUGACUCUUUAUAUGUGAAAAAUAUUGAACAGAUGAUAAAUAUAAAUAUUCGAACUCAAUCAACACAACAGCUUAAAAAAAUAUCAUCGCUUUAUAAACGACCAACAGAAGUGCCUGUGAAUAUUCCUUUCAUCUAUUGUGUUGUGGAUAAAAAGCUUGACAUGAUUAUCAUACUUGGAAGGAUAAUUAAUCCACUAAACUCAAGAAUCCAGUAGGCAAAAGCCAAAUUUCUAAAGAAUAUUAUAAUUUU